CCUCAAAUACUCUCAUUGCGAUACUUUUUUCCGCUAUCUUUUGAGAGUCUCUCGAACGCGGAAAAACAGAAAAUCGCGGAAAUCUCGUGGUUUUGUGAAAGAUCGAGGAAAAUAACGAUUUCGUCUGACGACGUGAUCGAUUCGUCGAUGUUCUUGAAGCCAACUUUUUAUCAUUGUUUCCUCGAUAAAACAUAACGAGAACAAUUUGCGACGACGACGCUAAAGAUUCAGAUCUAGAAACGAUAAAUUAUAUAUGCUUAGAGAGUUACCUUGUGCGUUUCAAAUCUUCUCUUGUGUAUGAUCAAAGCUUGCGUCUCGAAACAUGAUAGUUUCUUGAUGUCUGAAGAAGAAGUGAAGAGAAUCGAGGGUGCUAUUGAUAACUUUGAAGAAGAAACUGUAAGAGCGUGUGCUUCUUCAUCACUGUGAAAAAAGUUUGACGGUAAUUGGAAAACUUGAUUGUAAUUGGAAGAGAUUCAGUGAUCGUUCGAAUAGACAGAAUUCAAAAUUCCUUCGUUUAAACUUCACAAAGAUUUUUCACGUUUGACGUAAAUAGUAGAGCAGAAGAGAUGAGACCACCCGCGUACAAUGGAGACGAUAUGGAACAAAUUUCUCAGGAACAAGGAGAGAGAAACGUGGCUAUGGCUGUUUGUGUUCAAUUGGCGGGCCGGGCGAUAAUUAGGGUAGUUUCCCGGUGCGAAGAGGCACAGGACAAUUGUAAUCUAGAUCUAUCAGAAUGCCAGUUGAUGCAAGUACCUGAUGCAGUUUAUCAUUUAAUGAGACAUACAGAAUUAAAAAGAUGUAAUCUAUCUGGAAAUGUAAUAACAAAAAUUCCACCAAAAUUUGCAAUCAAAUUUUCAUUGAUCACUGACUUGAACCUGAGUCAUAAUCAAAUGAGCAAACUACCAGAGGAACUUGCUGAAUUACAAGCAUUAGAAAGGUUGGACAUUUCGCAUAAUACUUUUAUUGCUUUGCCACCCGUUACAUGUCGGAUACCGCAACUUAAGCGGCUCCUUGCCAACAACAAUUCUAUCAUUGACAUAGAUAUCGAAAGACUCAGGCAUGCUCCUGCGUUAGAAUUUAUUGAUCUUCAAGCCAACCCGUUAACAGCAAGGAUGCACGAUUUACUCAGUACUUUGACCCGAAUUAAAAUUGAAUUAACGCCUCGACAAGUCGAAGAAUGGGAAGAUCUUACUAUUUGAAAUGAAUCUAUAGCUCAAAGAAAACAAUAAAAUCUGCCAAAGCAGUUAAUAAUCGUCGAAUAAUCGUCCAAUUUGGACGUAGUUUGCUUCCAUUAUUAUUGACUGAAAUUGUUCGAAAGUUCGCUAACAUAUUGUUAAGCGAAUUAAGAACAAAAGCAAGUAUUUUGUACAGUAAUAAAAUAUCAUACGACUGAGCGAUAACAGGUGUGACGAUAAGCGGCAAAAAUGAUCAGAAAAUAUUCUUUAAUUGAUGAUUUUCAUAAUCUGUACUUAAAGAUAGAUUUGCCGCGUACCUGGAACUUUUUUUAUUGAUCUCGUGGAUAGCGAUCGAUUGUCAUUUCUUUUACUCUCGUUUUGUACCGUGUGGAUUUUUUUAGAUGUUAUUCUGCUGCUCGCUCAUUUGGCCCACGCAAUGCUGUGAUCCAUGUAAGUACAUAUAACAUUGCGAGCUGUCGAUUCGAUCUACUACUAUAUUUUUACUAACUCCAAAUAAGUAUCCUGUAUAUUUAAGAUAUGUUUUAUUAUUUUUUAUGCGUGGACUUGACAUAUUGCGACGUACAUAUUGUAUAAUAAAUCGUACGACUGCCAAUUUAUAGGCGAUCUAAUGCUAACAUCUUCGCCAUAAAUUUUAAUUUUAUAAAAGCAUUAAAGAGAAAGAGAAGAAAAUAAAACAUAUAAAUUCAGUAUACUGUUUAUAAUAUACAAAAAUUCAUGAUUUUUUUUUUCUUUUUUUGCUUAGAUACGUGCAAGAAUUUUACAAGAACAAGAUUGUAUUUAAUUUAUAUAAACAAUAUGUAAAAUGUAUUAAAUUGUAUUAUAUACUAAUUGUAAUGUAGUUCUAUGUAUAUGCACAACAAGUAUCAGAAUGUAUUGCUCUGUAUUUCUGAUCUAGUCAAUUGUCCGCGAAAGUUAUAAUAUACUUUAAGAAAUACA